AUGACGACAAUUCAGCCAUUUGAAGCUACCGAUCUAUUGACGCUCAACAAUAUCAAUCUGGAUAUUUUAACGGAGAACUUUCCUCUAGAGUUUUAUUUUGAAUACCUGAUUCUUUGGCCGGAUCUGUUUUUCGAAAGUAGAGAAUUGACCAAAAUAAGGCCUGAUGGGCAACCGGAAAUAUCAGGCUACAUGAUGGCCAAGACAGAGGGGAAAGGUCCCCUUUGGCAUUCGCACAUUACUGCUGUCACAGUAGCUCCCGAAUUCAGACGUAUAUCCUUAGCGUCGGGGUUAUGCACGGCGCUGCAAACUAUCACCGAUGGGGAGCCUCAUAAUGUGAAUUUCAUAGACUUGUUUGUCAAAUGCAAUAACGAUUUGGCCAUAAGGCUGUACGAAAAGUUAGGAUAUAGCGUGUUUCGACGGGUCGUUGGCUACUACAAUUCUCUAGAGGACGGGUAUCCCAAGACUUUGAACAAUAUCCAUUCGAAUAAAGAUGCUUUUGACAUGAGAAGGGCCAUGACUCGUGACGAAGGACACAGCAUACGCAGUGAUGGGAGGAAACACAGGUGCUUUCCACAUGAUGUCAAGUUCUGA